CACACGCUAUUUGGAGAGUGUACUCAGUGAUUUUUUUUUUGUUUUGUUGAUGCUCUGAAGGAAGCUGUUGAUCAUUUCGUAUUUUUUUUUGCUGAGUUUCAUUUGCCGGAUACGAAAUAACGAUGGCUUUAUCCAGUUUAGGUGGUGAUACCAUUUUUGUUCCAAAUCGAAUUUCUAGUGCUGGAAAUAUUGUUCAUGUUUCUUGUUCACAAAUUAAUCGAUUAACAACUAAAGAAAAUGGUUUGAUAAUGUUUCAUCAACGAAUUCAUUCAAUUAUCACUAUUGGUAUUGUACAAAAUAUUCAAGAAUUUUUCCGACGAAACAUCUAUACCAUUGAUGAUUAUACUGGUACUUCGAUUGAUGUUCAUCUUUAUAAAAAUGAUAUUGAAGAUGAUGUUGGCUUUCCAAUUCCCAAUGUUUCUGUUAAUAAUUAUAUCGAAGUUAUUGGUUUGGCACGUAUGAAUGAAAAUAAAUCAUUUAUUGUUGCUUUUCGUGUUCGAAUGAUUAAAAAUCCGAAUGAAAUUACUAAACAUUUUUUAAAUGUAAUACGUGAAUCAAUGCUAUUGGAAAAACGUAUGAAUAUUACAACAAAAACAAUCAAACAACCUGAUGAACAAAAACUAGAUUCGAUUGAAUUUCCUGAUUAUGAUCCAAAUGAUUUAAGUCAACGUGAACAAAUUGUUUUUGAAAUUAUUAAAAAAUAUGGUAAUGGAAUGUUUGGCAUAUCAAGAGAAGAUAUACAUAAUCAUUUAAAUCAUAUGAAUCCUAUUGAUAUUGAUAAUAGUAUUUCAUUUUUAUUAGCUGAAUUACUUAUUUUCAAUACUAUUGAUAAUCAUACAUUUAAAUCAUAUGAUUAA